AUGCCUAAUUGUCCGAAGUGUAACAAACCAGUUUAUUUUGCCGAAAGGAAAACAUCCCUCGGUAAAGAUUGGCACGGCGUUUGUCUCAAAUGCGAGAAAUGUAAUAAAACUCUCGUACCUGGAGGUCAUUCCGAACACGAUGGUAAACCAUAUUGUAAUCAACCUUGUUAUUCAGCUUUGUUCGGUCCCGGAGGCUUUGGAAGAGGCGGAGCACAAAUUAUAAAAAAGAAAAAAAAGGCGCAGCCAUUUUACUCGAUGGUUACGCGACGUUAA